AUGGUUUGUUUAAGUUAUUGGCUGGUUAUAUCCCUAGCCACUUCGGCUUCCGGGUUCUCUGAUUCCAGCAAACGGCGUUCGCAGGACUACCAGGAGGGCUUGCUUCCAAGCGAGGAUCCGUUCUAUGCCGUCCCAUACAACAUAGGCUGGUUCUCACCGGGAGAAAUAAUAAACUACAGAGAGUCACCUUCUGAAAUUUCCUCCUUCGGAUUGGUGCCAACGCAUUUGAAGAAGGGUUACCAGAUUCUCUACCGGACAACCAACAGCCUACAGCAGCCUACUGCCAGUGUCUUGACGGUUCUCAUUCCGCCAAACGCACAUUACGACAAGGUCUUGUCUUUGCAAAUGGCUGAAGACUCUGCAACCAUUAAUUGCGGCCCGUCUUAUACAAUGCAGCGUCCAGCGCAGCAGAGUCUGCUUCACAGUUCCAACAUCACUCAGCUCCAGCUGCUUUUCGCAGAAUCGGCACUUGCUCGUAACUGGAUUGUGAUAGUACCGGAUUACGAAGGCCCCGAGGCAGCAUUUACUGCAAGCAAAAUAACGGCUUAUUCCAUUCUAGACGGAAUCCGAGCCGCGAAACACUCUGGUUACAUCACCGGCAUUGCACCGAAUCCCAGGAUUGGAGUAUGGGGUUACUCUGGGGGUGCAGCUGCUACUCAAGCAGCAAUCAACAUGCAGGAGCUCUAUGCGCCUGAAUUCGAAAUUGCUGGUGCUGCUAUGGGAGGCCUGCCGGGCAUUUCACAAGCGAGCGAUAUUUUCACUCUCAACAAAACGCCGAGCUCAGCUCUCAUAGCGUCGGCAAUGAUUGGCUUGUCCAACCAGUACCCAGUGCUCAAGAAUCUUAUUUAUUCGUCAUUGAAGCCCCAGUUUCGAGAUCUCUUUUACACCCCGUUGCACAUGUGUUUGCAACAAAGUACCUUGAUUCUCACGUCUCAAGAUAUUCUAGGCAUGUUUUACGAAACAUUACUACCAGGAGUGAUCAAAGAGCUGGAUAUGGUUUUCCAAAUAGAAAAUACGCACCCACCAACCACGACAAAGGCUCCGUUGUACAUAUACCAGAGUGUCCGUGAUCAUUUAUCCAGCAUCGACAAGAUAGAUGAGCUGGUACGAGGGUAUUGCGAGCAGGGUGCCGUAGUUCACUAUGAGCGAGCCGGCUCGCCAAAGUUAAGCCACGUCUCGUAUGCAUUGAUAGGAAUACCUAAUGUGUUGUUAUGGAUGCAAGAUCGGCUUGAUGGGAAAAGAGUCGCUGAGGGCUGCGUGACUCGUGCAGAUAUGACCGCGACGCUUGACCCGACGCUUGCAGCCAUUUUCCCCCAGCAUAUUAGAGAUGUGUUAGCUUGGUAUCUGAGUGUAUCUUGA